CUCUCGGGAUCGCGCUCAUCUGUUUGGCUGGAAAUUGCCUCCGCGGUGUAACAGGCCGAUCAUUAUGGGGGACACAGGACCCCGAGACGGGUUAGAUCCUGACCGACCGACCGCUGUACUCAGAUCAUCGAGGCGGUUUAUUCCGAGAUAAAAACAAAGUGUGUGUCCUAUAAUAGACAGCCUGUCAGUAAGCUGCAGAGGAGGCGGUCUUUGCUGGGAUUCAAUCUGAGCUACAGUCGGGCAAGGAAAGAGAAACGCGAGGAAAGACUGUUUACAAUCUAUCUGGAUCCACCUCGGAACUGCGGGAAUGAUGGAUGGAUUGUCGAUUGUAAGCCGGUCCGGUCAGCCCAGCCCUGUCAGAUCAGGGUGGGUUCAUCCGGAAUAAAAUCAGUGAGCUCUCAUCUGUUGGCUUCUCCUCCGCCGGGCGGCAAUGUCCGCUUUCUGCCUAGACCUGCAGACGUCCGCCGGGGUUUCAGCACCACUGGAGCUGGACAGCGACUGCAUGGAGCCCCGAGCGAGCCCCGGCGGGCCCCAGGAGCCCGGCGGGUAUCAGGGUCACCCGCUGCGGCACACCGGCUCCGGAGGCCUCGGCAUGGCCUUGGAGGAGGAACUGGCCAUGCUUUGCGGGGAGAGGGGCGACCAGGGGGAGCUGUCGGACCUGCAGGAGACGCUUUCCGUGGGGCAUAACGCAGACCUGCUGUCGCUCUUCCGUCAAAAGGAAAAAGACUUGGUUUUAGCUGCUAAACUCGGCAAAGCGCUGCUGGAGAGAAACCAAGACUUGACCAAGCAAUAUGAAAAAAUGCACAAAGAUCUCAACGAAAAAUUAGAGCACUUGGAACAAGAGAAGCAUGAGUUGCGUCGGCGUCUGGAGAGUCGAGAGGGGGAGUGGGAGGGCCGUGUGGCUGAACUGGAGACGGACGUCCAGCAGCUGCAGGACGAGCUGGAGCACCACCAGGUCCAGCUGAGAGACGCCGACAGAGACAAGACGAAGGCCAUCAGCGAGCUCUCUGAACAGAAUCAUAGACUGCUGGAGCAACUUACUAGGGCUGCAGAGGUGGAGAGGCAGCUGUCCACUCAGGUCCAUUCAUUACGGGACGACUUCAGGGAGAAAAGUAUGUCUACAAGCCAGCACAUGACCAGACUUGAGACUUUACAGGCUGAGAUUAAGAUGCUGUCAGAGAGGAAGAUGGAGCUGGAACAUCGGGUGCACGCCAUGCUGGAGGAGAAUGAACUGCUGCAGAAUACGGUGGAAAAUCUCAGAGAGAGGACGCUUGUGUUGGAGAGGCAGUGUCACCAGAAGGACCUACAGGUACGUCAGAACCAGCUGGAGCUUCAGGAGGUUCAGAUGUCCCACAGACAGUUAACAGCUCGGCUGGAGGAAAUGUCCGAGGAACACAGCCUCCACAGCCUCACCCCACACCCAUCCAGCCUACUGUGUGAGAUAGAGCAGAGCAUGGAGCAGGAGGAGCAGGAGCAAGAGAGAGAACAGAUGCGUCUCCAGCUCUGGGAGGCCUACUGUGAAGUUCGCUCGCUGUGCUCCCAUCUCCGGGGAAAUGACGUCACAGACUCAGCACUGUCAACCGACUCUUCCAUGGACGAGUCCUCUGAGACGUCCUCAGCCAAGGAUGUGCCUACUGGAAGCCUCCACACCAGCCUGCUCGAGCUGCGGAGGUUAACACAGAAUCUGCUGGAUGGCAACGAGUCUACGGGCUCGAGGCGAAGUGAUGAGGAGGCUCUGGAGGAGCAGGCGAGGAAGCUGGGAGAAGAGCUGAGGGAAGUCAGAGAGCUGUAUGAAACCGAGCAGGACAAAACACGCAGCAAUGAAGAGGAGGCCCUCCAGCUACACAAUCAGAUGGCGCUGCUGUCUGUAGAAACAUGCUCCCUCCGGGAGGAGAAUGAACGGUUGAAGGCAAUGGCUGAAAUCCGGGAACCAAGCGAGCAGCUACAGAGUGCUAUCAGAGACAGAGACGACGCCAUAUCAAAGAAGAAAGCGGUGGAAAUGGAACUGGCCAAAUGUAAAAUAGACAUCAUGUCAUUGAAUAGCCAGCUCCUGGACGCCAUCCAGCAGAAGCUCAACCUGUCGCAGCAGCUGGAAGCUUGGCAGUGGCCUUUCUCAGCUUCCGUACCACCCUUUCUCCCUUGUGGUACCCCCCUCCAGCCUUAGAGGAUGAUAUGCACAGAGUGAUUGACCAGCAGUUGAUGGACAAAUACCAGGAUGAGUGGCGCACCACCCCUUCCUCUCUGUCGGGGUCAUCCAGGGCCAACAGUGGUCAGUCCUCCUGGCGUUCCCACCGCAUCUCAGACCGGGACAAGAGACUUUUCUCUUUUUUCAAAAAGAACUGAGCCACAGUGGAUUUGCCUGAGCACAGCAGACAGACACAGGCGAGGCGAGGUGAGGUGAGGUGAGGUGAGGGAGAAGGAGUGGAAUCACAGUACAGGGGUAACAACACACCCAAAGCUAGGCAGUGACACACUGAGGUUUUGGGGGGUUAUUAUAUUGCACUUAAUCUGUCCCAUUACUCCUCUUUUGCUGGUUAAUCAGCAACUACUGAUGAUGAGAGGUAGACAGAUGAGACAGGACUUCCCCAGAGGCUUUGGCUCCUAUCAUUAUAGAAAGGUAUCGGUGAGACAGAACAUGAACAGGGUCACAAAAUUACCUCUAAGAGGAAGGUUUCCUUGUAGUGCCUACAACUAUCUCUACUAGCCCACUGCCAACGAUGUAGAGAGGGAUCACAAUGUACAAACUGUCACUGUAUGUAUCCCAGUUAUCAGGCCAAAGAGUCUGGGGUAAGACAGGCGGGUUGAUGGGACGUUACAGGAUUGUGGGAACGUUAGCGCUGGGACAGAGCUGAAUGUCAGACUCCUCUGAGUGCAGCCCGCCCACAUGUGACCUCUCAGGUUUAUUCAUUUGUUCAGGGGAUGAUCACAACAUGAGGCAAAAGCUUUAUAUUUAAGAGCAACUACAGAGUGCUGUGUAAAUGAGCAGACGUGAAAAAAGAGUGCUUCUUUUGUUACUAACAGCAGUCUUUGUUUCUACAGUGAGGAUUCACGAUGGUUUACUGCUACAGGCCAAACUUACAAUCAAAGUGAGGAGAAGACCUUUUCAAUCACCUAAAUUGCAGCACUUUCAUAAAUAUGAGGACUUUAAGAACAAAAGAAAAAGAGAACAAAGUAUAUUUUAUUUAACUUUACUGAUCAAUAUUUUUUUAAACCGUGGGUUUGAUUAUAAAUGACUCCUUUUACACAACAGUGUAAUGUGAAAGAGGUCUCUGCACUCAUAAUCAAACCUACAGCAGAUUAUAACUCAACUCAGCUGUUCUCACAGAUCUAUGCAGUCUGUCUUUUUUAAGUUUUAGAGCAGUGGAAAUGCUCUGCCUGACCAAAACUGGAGAAGCAAACAUUGACCCUGGAAGUAAAAGAGAUUAAAACAGAAUACAAAUCAGUAAAUAACUGCUUUCUAAUCAUACAAUAUAAAUAUUUUAAAUGUGAUAAGAUACCAAAGCUAUUUUCACAUUUAUUUCAAUUUGUCCCCCAAAGUAAUAACCAAUGUCUUUAAAGAAGCAGGAGUUUUAAUCGUGGAUAUUAUCAUACCAAAGUUGAAGAGGGGUACAAUCAAGCAUGAGCAGGGAGAGAUGGAGUGAAUGUAUUCAAACCAGCACUUUUGAGUUUGGCCUGUUUGCGAUGGACCAUGUGAGCCUUCAUGUUCAUCUCUGACAUCUGAAUAAACCUCUGGGUGACCGAAGUUAGUGAAAUCGUUUGAGAUUCUUUGAUUUAUAUUUAAUGUUUAAACAUUUAUCAAAAAGGCACUGUCCAACAUCAUCUGUAUGAUGUUCAUUAUUUUUCUAGUUGACCAAAUUUAUACAAUGUUUACAUUAGCUCGAGGUGGGGGAAGAACUUCAAGAAAUGCUCAUCUAAUCUUCUAGUCAGUCAGUCUGAGCUCAACAAUAACUUGUUUCAUUUCCGUGGUCGCUAUGUCGUCUGAACGCAGACGUCAGAUCUAGUUUCCUCCUGAAGUGGUCGACAUCUUGAGCAUCUUUAGUUCAUCACUUACAGAAAAGUUCUACCUCCAUUCUCAUUGCUUCAAUAUUUCAUGGGCACUUUGAUUCCUGAGCUGCCGGGCUUCCUUUGUAGGUGGCGUAUAUCUGUGACUCCACUUGUAACACAGUAUGUGUUGACCUGAAUCUCCUAGCAUGAAUGACUUAGAGUGUGUCUGCACAGCGAUGUCUCGUGUCUUGUGUUUGUUCUCUUGUCUAAUGCAGCUGUGUGAACCUAUGCAGAUGUCUUCUUGUCAUCUCAGCUGGUUGUUGGGAAGGAUCAACCCAAAGAAUGAUUUUUAUAAAAAAGUCAAAUAGGUUUGGAUAAAUCGAUAUAUUUAUAUGAAAAAAUACACACCUUUUGAAUGAAACUCUUUUUUUAGACUGAAAUAUAUCUCUUUGUUGUUUCUAGGCUGUUUUUCAUGUUUGUCUGACAAUGAGAGGGAGAUCCACCGCUGUGUUGGGUAUCACCACUCAUUUCUUUGACUGUAUGGGUGUGGCAUGAAGUGAAGCUGGCAUGACAUUCAUGAGUACUUCUGAGUUUCAGUAAAUGUUUCACCAAUGAGAUGAGGAUCUCAAGACACCUUGUGAAUAUCAGUUAUUAGACUAAGAACACACCAGAGAGUCACUCGACGGAUCUUCAGUGGGCUUCUUGAUAAGUCACCCUAAUACAAAUUCUAAUAUAUUGCGUUCUAAUCCAUCAGUCUGACUACAGAUUAAGGGUUAGACAGUAGUCCAGGACAAGUUAACAUUUUCUAGAUGAAUGGUUAAAAAGAUAGAUUUAUUUAAAAAGACUCUGCAGGUCUUUUCCCCGGUUCAGGGGUCAAAUCGCUGACUUGAUGAGUCCCCCUGAAGAGCUAAAGAGACAUCAACAUAACUCAAUUAUCCUCCUGCAAGAUGCAAAACACAAGCCUCUCAGAUUGUCACAAUUAAACUGAUAGGCUAUACAUUAAAUGUUUAUUCAAAAUCAUUUCUGAUUGAUAAAAAGCUCAAAAGGACUCAUCAAUGAAGAUAAACAUAAUGCUAUGUAUGAACAGAAACACGAUUAUUGCCCAUUCAAGCAACCUCAGAGUAAUAAAUGUAAAAUAACUCUGACCACUCUUAAAAAUAUUCACACAACAAGAUUAUUCAAACUCUCAGAAUAUCAGCAGCCAGAAGAGAGAGCUUCCAGUUUUUGCAGAAAUGAUAAGAAUUAAAAACGUUAAAGCCUGUUUUGCAAAUUUAGAUCACCAUGCAGCCAAUAAACUCUCAAAACAGCCCAUGUUUGAAGUAAAUUCCCCCUCACACACCCACAUCUGGUAGAACAGGCUGUAACUGUGAGUGUGAAGUGAUCGGGCUGAAGAAGUCGAGCUUUAUGUUAAUGUGUUUGAAGCUUUUGAUACUCGUUCCACCUGAUAAAGGGCAGGUGAGGAAAAUAACCACAUCUGCCUGCAGCGAGCUGGGAUUAAACACCAGUCGAUCCCACUUUACCCAGUCUGUAGUUUGUCUUUCAUCAUGCCACAAGCUUGUAAGAACUACAAAACACAUAUUUUGUUCUGUCCAUUUUAUGUCCUCAUUUCUGAAACUGUUUCUUUUCUUCAUGUUUGUCUUGACCUUCUCCUAUUGGAAGCAUUUUAAAUGUUGUCUGUUCUUUGUUUUUAUUUAUUUGUUUUUAUCCUGACGCUUCAGCUGUUGUUUUCAAGGUUGGGAUUGAGUGCUCUCUGUUGGCUCGUUGUGCUCCAUGUGAGUGCUUCCAUUCAUCCUUAACUAACAGCAAUGUUUCAUUAACAGGAUGCUUCAGACUAUUCAAAAUAUGUAUCAUGCAAUUUUCUUAGUAUUUUGGGAUUUUUUUUUUUUUUACAAAUAAAAACUUUACAAUC